CGUGGCCGAUAUCACGCCAAAGUUUUCUCCGGCAGUACUGUAUCAAUGCUACAUGGAUGAAAGAGCCUUCCAAGCCUCCAUUUCCUACUCAAAGAUUUGACAAUUUACUCAAAGAUUCGGUCUUGGACAUAACGUGUUUGUGAUGAACACAGUCAUGACCCGCAAACAACAAUCGCGAAGAAAGCUUAGAUAAACAGCUUGUUGUGCGUUCAAGCCUCAAUGCGGCACUUAAAUGCUAUGCAUAUCCCAUUAGCGUUCAACCACCUGAGCGAACCCAGACGGCGGAGAUAGGGACGCGUCGUAACGUCCGAAGAGGCCAGCGACAGUGUACAUUUAAUGUGACAGCCGCUCACUCAGCUACCAGAGACACACUCGCUCGAGUUCGUCAGUUUCAAGUUCCAAAACCUCGACUUCUCCGAUACUCUCCACGAAACCAUGGCAGCCAGCAAGAUCCAAGAUGUCGCUUUCCACAAUCGAGGUGUACGCAUUGCCGCGCAUCUUCAUCUACCAGCGAAGUUCGAAGAAGGCCGGAAAUACCCUGCGCUUGUCGGCGUUCAUCCAGCAGGUGGUGUCAAAGAGCAGACGAUUAGCCUCUAUGCGCAGCGGCUUGCCACCCAUGGCUUUGUGGUAGUGGUCUAUGACUCUUCUUAUCAGGGUGCAAGUGGAGGGGAGCCGCGUCUCCUGGAGGAUCCAACGACGAGGGUGGAAGACGCCAGAUGCGCAGCGGACUUCUUGACCACUCAGUCGUUCGUCGACGCUGAACGCAUGGGCGUCUAUGGUGUAUGCGCAGGUGGCGGGUUCGCUCUGGCUGCCGCUCAGAUCGAACGACGCUUCAAGGCUGUGGCCGGAAUUAGCGCGACGCCCAUGGGAGAAGCCGCAAGAAGUUUCUUUGGACAUCCCAUCCCUCCGGCCGAGCAGAUCGAGUCGCUCGAGGCAGUUUCAGCGCAGAGAACAGCUCAAGCCAACGGCGCGGCCCCAGUCUACAUCCCUUUCGUUCCAGAAAAGCUGGAAGAGAUCGAUUAAAGGACCCCAGCCAUGCUUCGAGAGGGCUACGACUAUUACCGGACGUCGCGUGGUCAUCAUCCCAAUUCCAAGGGGCGAUUCUUGAUGGCUAGUAUGGACAAAAUGAUGACAUACUCUGUCUUCGCGCUGCUUCCAACACUUCUGACUCAGACUUUGCUCUUGAUUGCUGGUAGCGAGGCGGAUACCAAGUUCUAUAGCGAUCAAGCCUAUGCUUUGUCCGAAGGUCCAAAGGAGCCAUUCGUCGUGGAAGGCGAAUCGCAUAUCGCGCUCUACGACAAGUCGGAAUAUGUGAACCAGGCUGUCGAAAAGCUCGUUUCGUUCUUUGGCCAGCUUUGAAUCAGAACUCUAGGGUUAGUUCGGUAGUUUAGACUGCUUUGCAUAGCACUUUGAGAUCGGAAAUGUAGUGUGAGGGUUCAUCUCGUUUAACGCUCGAGGCAGAACUCUUCAAUUCCGUAUGUUC